AUGAGAUCGAAGCUCUGUGUGGAGGAACAGGUUUGUGGGCGGGGUCACCAUGGAGGUGGAGGUCCUGGAGAGAAGCAGCUGCUCAGCCAGAUGUUUGGAGGCCACAGAGUGACACCGCUCUACGAAGACCUGCAGGUGGAGGUGAUGAAGCACAAACACGGCGGUCAGAGCAACGCUGAGCCAGAAUACUGGGAGACCUACGCUGCAGCGGACAACAGACAAGAGGGAGCUGAUGGAGACGAGGUGACUGCUCCUCCUCUGCACAGAAGAGAUAUUUCUCCGACCAGCCAGGCGCUGUGUGACGACGUGGUGACGGUGCUGACGGUGUUCUGUGAGAAGCUGGAGUCAGUGGACAGUGGACACCAGCUCCUGCAGCUUCUCUACCUGGAGUCCAUCCUGUCCAUGCUCAGCAGCUGUCCACCCACAAUGCACCUGUCCAGAGGUUUCACCGACCUCGUAUGGAAGCAGCUGUGUCCGUCCCUCGUGGCGAUCAUGGGAAAUCCCGUCAACGACAAAACCAUCGCUUCCCACCACGGCUACAUGGGGGCGCCAGACCGGGAGCGUCUCUCAGACAGACUCAGUCUAGGGAUCAGCCAGGACGUGGACUCCUCGGGUGGAGGGGUGUCCGAUCAAGGCAGGGGGUCCGGCUGUUCCUCCAGCGCCCCCGCCAGGAUCGCACCGGUAGUGCGGACUGUGUGUUACAUCGCCGCGGAGCUCGUACGUCUGGUGAGCUGCGUGGAGUCGAUGAAACCGGUUCUGCAGUCGCUCUACCACAGGAUCCUGCUGUACCCGCCUCCUCAGCACCGCACCGAGGCCAUCCGCAUCAUGAAGGAGAUUCUGGGCAGUCCCCAGCGGCUGUACGACCUCGCCGGUCCAUGCGUGGUUGAACCUGAAAUCAGGAAGCGCUCCUUCUCAAAGAGGAAGUCCCACCUGGACCUGCUGAAACUAGUGAUGGACGGGAUGACGGAGGCCUGUAUGAAGGGCGGCAUCGAGGCGUGUUACUCCUCGGUCUCCUGCGCCUGCGCUCUCCUCGGGGCGCUGGACGAGCUGUCGCAGGGCCGCGGCAUCCAACCUGAGCAGGCUCGACUCCUCCUCAGACGGCUGGAGGAUCUGAAGGACGGUACCGAGUCGACCCGCGAGUCCAUGGAGAUCAACGAGGCCGACUUCAGGUGGCAGAGACACAUCCUGUCCUCCGAGCAGGCUCCCUAUGACCCCACCUCCUCCACCGGGGCCACCACCGGGGCCACCGAGCGCAGCCCUGACAUCAGCAUCAGCAUCACCACGGAAACGGGCCAAACCACCCUGGAUCUGGAGGCGGGGGAGCUCGGCCUGGGUCACACCACUCCUGAGGAGUGUGGGGGGGAGGACGCACGCCUCCCAUCGCCAUCGUGCUGCGGCGUGCAGGAGCGGACCAAAGAUGAGCCGAGCCUCGAGCCGGAGAAGGUGGUCCAACAGGUGGAGAAGGGAGGAGGCGCAGUGCAGGUGGAGGGGAGAGGAGAGAAACAGAGAGCAGCAGGAGGAGGAGGUGGUGGCGAGAGAGGAGGUGUGGUUCCUCCAGAUGUGGUGCAGCGAAGUCACGGCCUCGUCUACCCCGACAUCACCAACUUCCUGUCUGUGGAGUCCAGGACCAGGUCGCACCACGGAGGAGGGUCACGGUACAGCGAGAGCAACUUCAGUAUGGAGGAGCAGGACUUGUCUCGGACAGAGUUUGACUCAUGUGACCAGUACUCCAUGGCUGCAGAGAAAGACUCGGGCCGCUCCGACGUGUCCGACAUCGGCUCCGACAACGUCUCCCUGGCCGACGAGGAGCAGCAGACUCCUCGCGACUGCCCCGGUCACCGCUCCCUGCGCACCGCCGCCCUGUCCCUCAAACUGCUCCGCAACCAGGAGGCCGACCAGCAGAGCGCCAGGCUGUUCGUGCAGUCGCUGGCGGCGCUGCUGCCCCGGUUGCUGGGGUUGGCCACCACCAUGGACGUGGACCUGUCGCUCCAGAACUUCUCCUCCACCUUCUGCUCCGGACUGCAGGCUGGUGGGAUCCACUCUCCAGGUUUCGAGACUGGCGACACUCUGAGCUGUCAGUCUCUGAUGAACGCCGACGGCCUCUAUCUGGUGUCGUACUACGCUCUGCUGCUCAACCUCAAACUCUGCUGCUGCGACUACUACAGGCGGCGAGCGCUCGCUCCCGUCCUCAGCCUGAAGGAGUUUGUGCGCCUGAUCCAGAGCAGCGGCGUCCUCGUGGUUCUGUCUCAGGCCUGGAUCGAGGAGCUCUACCACCAGGUGUUGGACCGCAACCUGCUGGCUGAGGCCGGGUACUGGGGCUCACCUGAAGACCACACACUGCCGCUCAUCACCAUGCUCACAGAUAUCGACGGUCUGGGCAGCAGUGCGAUUGGAGGUCAGCUGAUCAGGAGAGCAUCGAGCCGAUCGCCGCUCAGCUGCGAUAAGGCGGGCAGCGACACUGCGAUGGCAGGAGCCGUGUUCUCGCGCUUCAUCCUCACCGGCGUCUGGAAGAACCUGAUCGAUGUGCUGUCCACGCCGCUGACAGGCCGCAUGGCGGGCAGCUCCAAAGGCCUGGCCUUCAUCCUGGGAGCAGAGGGGGUCAAAGAGCAGAGCCAGAGGGAGAGAGACACCAUCUGUCUGAGCCUGGACGGCCUACGCAAAGCUGCCGCGCUCAGCUGCGCCCUGGGUGUGGCUGCCAACUGUGCCUCAGCGUUAGCGCAGAUGGCUGCAGCCUCCUGUGUGCAGGAGGAGAAGGAGGAGAAGGAGGUGGGAGAGACGGGGGACGCCAUCACACAAGUGAAGCAGCGUGUCGAGCAGCGUCUGGAGCAGAUCGGUCGUCCUCAGGGAGUUCGCCUCCACACGGCUCACGUGUUGUGUAUGGACGCCAUCCUGAACGUAGGACUGGAGAUGGGAAGCCACAACCACGACUGCUGGCCACACGUCUUCAGGGUGACCGAGUACAUCAGUUCUCUGGAGCACACCCACUUCAGCGACGGCUCCUCACAGCCGUCCUCUUUGACCACCAUCACCCAGCAGAGCCAGCAGGCGGCGGGAGUGGUGGACCUGGGGCUGGAGCUGAGCUGCGAACCCAGCCCGGAGGCCUCGGAGCUGGGCCUGAGCCAGCCGGUCAUCCAGCCUCUGUCCAUCCAAGAGCUGCUCAAGGAGAGCAGCCGGGGAGGCCGAGGUCUGGACCUGAAGAGCGGCAGUCUGAUGACGGGAACCAGCGCCGCCAAGGCCGUGUGCACGCUGUCGACUCAGGCCGACAGGUUGUUUGAAGAAGCAGCUACCAAACUGAACCUGGUCGGUCUGGUCGGCUUCUUGCAGCAGUUCAGGAAAGCUUCUCAGUCUCAGCUGUUUGACUCCGUUACCGAGACCGGAGACUAUUCGCUGGCAAUGCCAGGCGAGGCCAAGUCGACGCUGGACCGACGCAGCGCUCUCCAUCUCUUCCGUCUGGGCGAGGCCAUGCUGCGGAUCGUCAGGAACAAGAACCGACCUCUGCUGCACAUGAUGAGGGCCUGGAGCGUGGUGGCUCCUCACCUGGUUGAGGCGGCGUGUCACAAAGAGCGCCACGUAUCCCAGAAGGCCGUUUCCUUCAUCCACGACGUCCUGACGGAGGUGCUGACGAGCUGGGCGGAGCUUCCACACUUCCACUUCAACGAGGCGCUGUUCAGGCCCUUCGAGCACAUCAUGCAGCUGGAGCUCUGCGACGAGGACGUCCAGGAUCAGGUCAUAACAUCGAUAGGCGAGCUGGUGGAGAUGUGUUCACCUCAGAUCCUGUCAGGGUGGAGGCCUCUGUUCAGUGCUCUGAGGACCGUCCACAGCAGCAAGACCGAUACCAAAGACUACCUGCUGGGAGAAUACUCCAUGGGAAAGUCCCAGGCUCCCGUGUUUGACGUCUUCGAGGCGUUCAUCAACACCGAUAACAUCCAGGUCUUUGCCAACGCUGCCACCGACUACAUCAUGUGCCUCAUGAAGUUCGUCAAAGGUUUAGGAGAGGUGGACUACAAGGAGAUCGGAGACUGCAUCCACGUGUCCGGGUACAGCUCCACCGACCUCUGCCUGCCGGCUCUCGACUACCUCCGCAAAUGUUCCCAGCUCCUGGCAAAGAUCUACAAGAUGCCGUCCAAGCCGGUGUUUUUGGGGGCGCGGCUCGCAAGCCUGCCAAUGAGAUCGCAGGAACGCUCGAUCAGCACCGAGGACGGGAUGGACUGCGUCCUGCAGGAGUUUGAUGACGACACGGGUCUGAUCCAGGUCUGGAUUUUGUUACUCGAGCAGCUCACGGCCGCCGUGUCGAACUGUCCUCGCCAACACCAACCACCGACGCUGGAGCUGCUCUUCACUCUGCUCAGAGAGGUCACCACCGUACCAGGUCCGGGCUUCGCCAUCUUCUCCGUCAUUCAGCUGCUGCUUCCCGUGAUGUCACUGUGGCUGCAGCGUAGCCACGGCGACCACUCCUACUGGGAUGUGGCGGCCGCCAACUUCAAGCACGCUAUCGGCCUGUGCUGCGAGCUGGUGGUGGAGCACGUCAACAGCUUCAUCCACUCAGAUAUCGGGUACGAGUGUCUGAUCAACCUGAUGUUGAAAGAUCUGUUCAAGCUUCUGGUGGCCUGUGUGUCUGAACCUGCAGAGACCAUCUCCAGAGUGGGCUGCUCCUGCAUCAGGUACGUUCUGGUCACCGUGGGUCCGGUGUUCACAGAGGAGAUGUGGAGGUUGGCCUGCUGCGCUCUGCAGGACGCUUUCUCUGCGACAUUAGAGCCUGUGAAGAACCUUCUGGCGUGUUUCCAUAGCGGUUCUGACAGUUUUUCCGGAGACGCCUGCGAGGUGAAGGUGGCGGCGCCGACACACUCCCCUUCAGCUGAGGCCGAGUACUGGAGGAUCAAAGCGAUGGCUCAGCAGGUCUUCAUGUUGGACACCCAGUGCUCUCCGAAGACGCCCAACAACAAAGACGGCUUUGAGCACGCUCAGUCGUGCGUUCUCAUCAUCGAGCUGCCAUGUGACCAGCAGUCCAACGGGCACGCUCAGAAGAGGAAAAUUGGGAUCCCGUUCCGGACCAUUGUGGUGAGCCUGCUGUCCCAUCAGGUCCUGCUGCAGAACCUCUACGACAUCCUGCUGGAGGAGUUUGUCAAGCAGCCCGAAGGUCACGAAAAAGUCACGCCCGUGACCUCUGACCCCAGCAGGACUUCGGCGGGCUUCCUGCGCUACAUCUCCAUGACAAACCUGGCCAUAAUCCUGGACCUGCUGCUGGACUCCUACAGGACGGCGAGGGACUUCGACACCCGGCCCGGUCUGAAGUACCUGCUGAUGAAGGUGUCAGGUGUUUGCGGGGCGGCUAAUCUUUACCGCCAGUCCGCCAUGAGCUUCAACCUGUACUUCCAGGCCCUGCUGUGUGCCACGCUGAGCCAGGCCGACAGCAUGACUGCACAGCAGGUGAAGAGGAUCCUGUACGAGGAAGAGGAGGGGAGCUCUGACUCGUCUCAUCCCGGCUCUGCUUCCUCUGAGGACGAAGACAUCUUUGAAGAAACGGCACAGGUCAGCCCUCCUCGCGGUCGAGAUAAACGCCAUCACUGGCGAGCGCCCAUCCCGUCUCUGAGCGUGCAGCCGCUGGGCAGCGCAGACUGGGCCUGGCUGGUCAAACGCCUCUACAAGCUGUGCAUGGAUCUGUGCAACAGCUACAUCCAAAUGCACCGAGACCUGGAGAGCACGCUGGAGGAGAUGGCGCUGCCGAGAGGCGGAGCGGGAGGAGGCGACCACGUCUUCUUCCUGCCUCUCUUCCAGUCCGAGAACUCCACCCCGACGUCAGCGAGCGGGCUUUCUGCGAGGGAGACGCCGUCGGAGGAAGGCGGGUACAGGUGUCAGACGGCCGACGCGAGCACGGCAUCGCCGGGAGACACGCCAACGCCGAGCCCGGGAUUCAGCUGCACAGGAAGUCUGCCUCACCACUUCCGGAACGGAGGCGACAGGAGAGACUCCGGCAUCCUGGGGAGCUCGCUGGGAGCCUGCGCUGGGCGGAGAAAGGAAUGGUGGGAAAGCGCCGGAAACAAACUGUACACCAUCGCCACCGACAAGACCAUCAGCAAGCUGAUGAUGGAGUACAAACGCAGGAAACAGCAGCAGCAGCAGCCGCAGCAGAGCCACGUCAACCUGUUCAUGAAGGAGCAGGGCCGGGCGGCGCCAGGAGGAGGAGGCGGAGCAGGAAGUGUCGGGGAGCCGCAAAGACCUCCGCAGAGGCCUCAGCAUCUGGUGGACCAGCAGGGUCCACUUCUGAGGCACUCGGUCAGUGCAGGACCUGAAAUCCUGAGGCAGGAGAAGAGACCACGGUCCGGAUCCACCAUCAGCUCCCACAGCAUCUCUCUGAGGGACUCUGAGGCCCAGAUACAGGCGUGGACCAACAUGGUGUUGACUCUCCUGAACCAGGUCCUCCUCCUGUCGGACCCGUCCUUCCUGGCUCUCCAGCCGGUGCUCUAUCCCUGCCUGAGCCAGCUCUCCUGUCACGUGACCGACGCUCGCGUCCGCCAGGCGCUGCGUGAGUGGCUGGGCCGCGUCGGCAGACUCUAUGACAUCAUCAUGUGACACUGCGGCGGGCGAAGAGCGUCAGUCCAGCCGCCUGUCCUCCAGCGAAGGACGCAGACAGAUGAAGGACGGGUUCAGUCAUGUGAUGACAUCUGACGCAGGCGAACGCCAUGUGACAUUAAGUUGAAGGAUCUGAUUGGCCGAUGCAGGACGUGAUGAGAGGGUUGUGUUCAAAGAAAAUCGUAAAUUCGAGUGCCAUUCCUUGUUCUUUGUUGUUCUUUUCACACGGUGUCAAACUGAUCUUAAAGGUUCUCUGUGGAGUUUUCAUAACAUGGCUACAUCUCAUUCUCGUUAAGUUUCGUGGCUCCAAACGUUAAACCGUCACAGUUCCACAUUUAAGUGCUAACAGAGCAUGAGAUACAAACAGAGACUCCGAAGCUCCACGAGGGUCAAAAACUCUGCAGGGAACCUUUUAAACCGUCGUGGGAGGUCUACCGAUCUCGACAGAUAACACGAGGAUGCAUAUCGUCGCCGUCCCUGCUGAUUAUCGACCAAUGAAAAGAUGUUUUGUUCCAUCAGAUCGAUGGCGGACAGACCUGAUGUUGAUAGUUCAGGAGCUGAGGUGGCUCUGAACCAGCCGCACGUCGUCAGGUUUUAGGUUCAUCUGAAGGUAAUAACGACGGACGGCGUCGAUAUUCAGAAACCCGACAGGGACAGAUCACUAGCAUCGAGACGUUUGAUCCGACUGGUUCUGAAUGUUGGUUUGCAGCUUUUAAUCCGAGCAGUCUCGUUCAGCUGAAUGUCUUUGUUUAUUAAGAUUUAAGAGUAUUUAUUUGGACCAAAUAUCACGUACAGGAUGUGUAUUUUAAUGUUUAAUGACAUAUAUUAUUUUGGCUUCAUGUAUCUAUGUAAAUCUUUAUUAUUAUUUAACAGGUGUCAUGUGUCAUAUUCAGCUUUUUCUGUCCUCUCGAUGCAGGACGAGCUGUGCCAUUUGUUUGCUUUGUUUUAUCCGUGCAGCAGCACCGUCAGGUUGGGGGUUCGAUUCCCACCGGGGGAGAUGGUUUGAGUCUAAACUUUCACACAUUCGGCUCCAACUAAUCCGAUUAUUAUUAUUAUUAAAUAUCCACAAAUGGGACGAGACAAUCAGUCUUUAGGUCGUUGGCUCCUGCUCUCCUCAAACUAACCAACAGAUCCGAGCAGAGCGAGCAGGUUGUGACUGAAUGAACGAAUGAUUGAAUGAAUGAAAAGAUGAGGCUGUUGAACUGAAGCUAACGAGGUCAGGCGAGCAGGUCCGGGAGGGGCGGAGGAGCUCGAUGCUCCUAAGAAGAUUUACUGUUCGUCCGUCAAGCAUCUGAGAGUUUGUCCGUUUUAUCGGCUUCCUCGCUUCCUCUGCUGUGUGACGGCAAACCGUCCACCUCGUAAGAGUCACCACAAAACAGCACGAGUCUCCGAGUUACGGGGACACUUGAGUGCAGUGAGUGAACACGAGAUAUUAAAGGAGAUGUGGGGACGUCGUGUUUCCAUCAACGUUCUUUUGUUGCAUUUUGAAGCAUCCCGUUUUGAGUUCAACAAAAAUUUUGCCACUUGAGCUUCCACCGACGAUCUUUUAACAACUUUAAACAACUCCUAAUAUUCACACAGUGGCGCUCAGACGAGUUAGUCGAAUUUCAGUUCUUAAUUUGUAUAAUGUGACGUGAGACUGAGACGGACGCAACGCCCCUUUGGUCGGUCCACCAGGAACGUUUCAGAAGUGUUUCACUCGCCAGACUUUGUUACAUUGCUCAGAUUUUCUACUUGUUUCUUUGAUGUUUCGUCGUCUUGUUUGGCUGUUUUUACAACCUGCACAGGGUGU